AUGGGUUAUGAUACUGUCCGCAGAGAUACACGAGGUAGAGAACCUUCAAGCAGACCUGGAGUGGAGACUGAACAACGACCUCCUUUUCCUCGCAAUCAUUUUACGCCACGUACACCCCCUGUUACACUGAGUACCAAACCAUUCUCCAAGCAAUCCGCUGAACCUACAGUUCCUCUGGUUACAACUUUGUCUGCCAAUACACAACCAAGUAACCUCACUGUCAAUGUAAGUGAAAAUUAUUUCAGUUUACCAACAUCCAUCUAACAGUCUGUCAAGCAAGUUGAAAUUAUCUUGCGGGAUUAUGAUCAGCAUUAAUUAAUUAACGUAUAGUGAUAUUGCUUGCAGUAUUUUUUACUAAAAGCUCCUAUACAAAUAUCUAUAUCGGAGCAGAAAAACAUAUUAUAUACUGACACUUCAAAGAACAAGAAGAAUUCGAACUCACAUCUUCGGGUUUCUAGACUGCCGUUCUACCCAUGAGCUAUCGAGUCAACGGGGAUUGGUAGCGAGUCUUAUCCAAUUUAAGUGCACGAAAUAUUUUCGCGACGACUUAACACUUGUCUUAGAGGACGCGCAGUGUUUCAAUUCUAUUUCAGAACCAUCCUCAGAGAUAUGAAAAACUAGUUGCAUACUUAUUCUGAAAUUUUUUUUAGAACCACUGAGUAUUUUAACAAAAUACAAAACAAGUGAAACUCCAAAAAUCGAUAACAUUUUUAUGUAUAAAUAAAAUAAAAAUGUUAUCGAUUUUUGGAGUUUCACUUGUUUUGUAUAUUAUUCUGACGCUGCAGAGAGCAACGAAAAAUGCGUUGUCUCGAGCGGGAUUCACUGAGAUGGUCCAGAACCAUUUUCAGAUAUCUCUGACGAAAGUUCUGAAAUAGAACCGAAACACUGCGCGUUCCCAAACAUUUUUGUCUCCUCGCCACUCCCGCCCCCCGUCGACAGGGAUUUUGGCAAAUAUACAAGGAGAAAAUUGGUGGAGGGGGGGGGACGGUCCAGCAAUUUCACAAACGUCGGGCAAAUGUUCGGCUCCCCCUAAUUUAUACCCUCCCGUAUACGCCUAUGUGUGCAUGGAAUGUGCCACAUUGUCAUGAUUUUCAAAAAUGUUUUCGAGAAACAGAAGAUACGUUCUCCACAGACUCCAUUCUACUGCAUUCGACCGAGCGCCAGCCAUAUUUUACUAUCCCCGGAGUCAGUGGCGGCGGAACAGGGGGGGAGGGCUAGGGGGGCUUUAGCCCCCCCUCCAGAAGUAGAGGGGCUUGGCCCCCCAAAAUACAUGAAGAAUGCCAGAAUGCGAGACCAUUUAUACAAACAACGAAGUCGUCAAAUUACUGCUUCGCCUGCUAAAAUGCAAAAGAAAAUAUCCUACUUUGUGAUGAAGUGAAUGUAAAUUGAUUUUCUUGUACCCUGAGUAUAUACUUUGAUUAUACAGUAAAUACUACAAAGUCAGAGUAUUGGCCUUUGUGGUUAUUUAGGAAAUGGGACAAAUAAAAGUUAAGUGAAGAUGUUUCAGACUUUCCUAAUGGGUGAUUGCAGCUAUAGACGAAAUUUUGAUCAAAGCAAGAAGAACGAAAUCCAACACAAGAGCUAGAAAGAGCGUCUUAGAAUGAGUAAAACUGCAAAGAUUUGUUGCUAAAUGUUGUAAAAUGAAGAAAAUAUAGCCCUGCAUGUGAAGUUCACAAACCAGGGCCUGCCCGCCCGAUUUUUUAAUAUGCCCACCAAAUAUGGACUAUGGAAUACAGUUGUAUUUCUAGUUUGGUUAACAUUUUUAAAUCAUUAAAAUGCUUAAUAUUAUGUUUUAUGUCCAGUCAGACAAACUUUAACACUGCUUAUGUGCUGAUUGCGCAGAUCGUAUAGACUAUAGUGAUCUUUUCAAGUUUUUGUGGCUUAUAAUUGGUCGUUAAUUUGCUUCGAUUGCUCAUUAAUUCAUCAUGAGUGAUUGAGUCAUGAAAACAAAUUAUCUAUGGUUAUGCAUAAUUGCAUAUCCGUAUUUUUGUAAAUUUUGAACAAUUUUUCAAAGGUAGGAGGAAUCACUACACGCUAUGCCGCAGUUUGCGGUUUGUGUUUCCACUUAGUCAAAAUCUACGGUAAACCUUUUCAAAAUUUAGCCCCCCCAAACUAAAAUAUGUUCCGCCGCCCAUGCCCGGAGUGGCGUCCGGGGAGACGUCCAGCUUGGUUUACACCUAACUAGAAUUCCCGUAAUUUCUGUUCCCAUGAUGUCUGAUAGUCGAGAAGCUCUUUUAAUUUGAUAGUUUAAGCUUAAAUACAACGAAAGAUUCCGAGCUCAAUUGAACCCAAACGUUCUGGAAUGCCAGCCACACUUGAUUUAUACUCAAAAGACGGAAACUUCUAUAUCAGUAUAUGAUAGGAAUUUCCUAAAAAUAUGGAACGUUUUAUCCGAUAUGAACCCACUUCACUGAUAACAUCAAUAUUGCCGGAGACUCAAUUAAUUUAAUGAAUUCUGGAACAGAUAAUGGUCGAUAAUAAAGAUAAUAUUUAUUACUUUAUUUUCACAGGACAACCAUAAAUAUUACAAGUCUAGUUAUGAUAGUUCUGGAGGCAGCAAGUGGUGGUAUCCUUUGAGUGAAGGCAAAUAUCCAGCAAUGAUUCAUGAACGACUUUCAAAGAACAAACAAUACUCGGAUGUAAGAAUUAUAAUUACUCUUGCAAUUGCUUAAAAAUAAUUCAUAUGCAUGAUAUUAUAUUGAGAUAACUUUUUGUUUUUGUUCACGCUUAUUAAUAUUAAAGUUAUCUUUUGUAUCUAAUUUGUAGACAGUCAGGACUUCAUUCCAAUUUCCAUUUUACGGACAUAUCAUUAACUAUGUAACUAUAACAAAUAAAGGUACAUUUAGUUGGAAUAUACAGCGGACCAAAAUUUAAACUGUUUUUCUUUCUAUAGUGAAGCAGCUUUGCUUUCAUUCUCAGUAUUAAUAUAAAAUAUAUGAUAUAGGUUACCUAUUUCUGGGAGAUGUCGUUCACAAGUUCAAUGCGUCAUCACAGUAUGUUGCCCCGCUUAUGGCAGAUUUUACAACAAACAAUGACACAAUGAUUGCUUACGUAGAUACAGGUACUUACUGAUUAAAGAGUCCAUUAUUUAUUGAUCUUUCAUCUACUGAUCCAUAGUUAUUUUCUACUAAUAUGUUGAAAAUAUGUAGUUUGAGUUUUGGGAAUAAACUCUAGCUGGUAAUAAGAGUUGAUAAUGUUUUAGUGGAAGCUAAACAGCUUUAUACAGUCUUCUCAACUCUCUCUUUGUGAGUGUAUGGGAUGAGUAUAAGGUACGCUCGAACCCUGUCCUCACGUGAAAAGUGUAAAGUCAACGCUCUGCCGAAAGUCGUGGGUUUUCCCCGGGUACUCCGGUUUCCUCCCACAGGGAAAGUUGACAGGGUGGGUUAGGUAAAGAGGGCACACAGUAAUUGGCAUAUGCUGUUGUAGUGACCCUGUCCUAGUUGGCAAAGCUAAAUAAAUAAAAGUGUGAGGUGGUAUCACGUGGUAUGAGGUGGUAUGCAUGGCGCGGAGAAGCGCGGAGUGAGAUGGUUAUGAAGUAGUGUGAUGCAUUCAACAACUCUAUGACAAAGUUUCGAAAUUCUUUAUCUGGUUUCAAGGUUUAAUCGAGAUUAGUAUGAGUAGGAAUAUCAUCAAGAAAGAGCACACAAGAAUUCAUUUCAAUUGCCUCAUCUUCAUUUAUAAUUAACCAAUUCCUUGCCGUCCACUUAUUGAUUCGCGUGAUGAAAAAGUGAAAGUCUGGGAGAAGUUGAUUUGUUCACGGACCAUUUCGUGACAAAGUUGAUAUUCGCCAUGAUCAUGAAUGGCCAAUUAAAAUAUGUCAAUAAUUUCUUUCCUCAUAGGAGAUCGAUUUACUGUACAGUGGACAAAUCUAACAUUCCAAGAUCGAAAAGGUUUGUACAAAUUUUUAAUUUUUCAAAAGCCGUUUACCAUGGCAUGUGAAAGGAUGGUAAUUUAUUUUCCUUAUUGUUUUAUCAGUGUGCUCAUUCGAUGUGUAGAAACGUAAAAUUACUUUAAAUUUAACUAGCUACAUGAUAAUUUUCAUAAUUUUUAGUUGGUGAAUUUUCAUUCCAAUGCACUUUACUGAAGAAUGGAACAUUUAUUUUUGCUUACCGAAGUGUAAGUUCAUUAAAUAAUUGAAACGCAACGACAUAAAGAAAGCUAUUGACAUUUUGUGAAAUUUCAGCGGUGUAUUUUCAUUUCCUUUUUAGAUUCCUGCUCCUGUUUUGGAAUUAAAAAGUGAUUCUUUUCAGCAACGUGUUGGUAUCUCUGACAGCCUGCGGUACCGAAUACUCCGUCAUGGCUUGUUUAUUAUACAUGGAAGACUUUGUAUGUUAUAUAUAAAGACUAUCACACGAGGGGCGAGGCUAUAUUAGUUUUAUUUUAUCAUAAAUAUCACGAGUGUGCGCAGCAAACGAGAGACAUUUAUGAUAUCGUCCCUCAAGCAAUAAAACUUAUAUCGCCUCACCCGAUAUAACCUGUUUAUUAUAUACUUGCGCCUUUAUCAGGAUCAGAAUUUAUUAGAUUAGUUAUCGCAUAGGCAGUGCAAUAAUUAUUAAAAUAGCGGGAGCAUUUCAAUAAAGUAUGUAUGUAUGUACAACAUGCAGUACACGACAAUCCAAGAAAUUAUAACCAACCAUAUGCACUCGGCCCGAAUGCGUAUGGUUGGUUACUGGCUCCAUGAAUCAACCAUAAGCAUUUGACAGAAUAUAUUUAAGAUAACUAAUUAACUAAGUCUAAGUAAUAUGAUUAUUGUGGUUUUUCAACCACGAUAGUCAUACAGCGAAAAAUGUUUGGGGCUAUUUUUAGCAACAAAUGAGAGGAAUAAUGGCAAGUCUAAUUAUGUAGCCCUCCACGCCCCCCGCUAAGUAUUUCGUGAAAUGUGUCCAACAGAAAACAUUGUAUAUUCUUCAUUUUCCAACAGACACAACUUUAGCUCAAAAUAUUUACUUCAAAUACCACUCUGUUGAUCUUCCGAUGGAAAAAGUAAAAACUGGCGCAGCCUACGUCAUUACACCUUUGCUAAGUAAGUGAUCUAAUCACUUUUCUGGUAUGAUCAGAGUUAUUAAGCAAAACACCGGUUUUUACGAUAACCAGAAGAAGCUGCAUGCUUCUCGGUUCUACAAAUCACCCGACCACACAGAAAGAAAUGUUAACAAAUGUAGAAAAAAACGACAGUAGUCAGUGGUUCAGAUUUGACUUUCACUAUCGCUACCAUUAAUUGGACCAUUAACCAAUCAGAUGCGUUUGACAUAUACGAUUGACCAAUCAGAUACGUACUACUACGCCAGUGAGAGGUAAUGGUAGUGGUAGUCAAAUCUGAACCUCUCCAAGAGUGAAGUAGAGCUUCACUUACAGACAAGAGUGCAUGCAGGGCUCAGAGUCUGUCAAGUUAAGAUGGUCUGGAAGCCCGGCAAACGUCAAAGCUACAAAGUCUUGGAUAGCUUAUGAUUUUUAUAUUACUUUAGAUUGUGUUAUGUUGAAAUCUUGCAAUGCCUGUGUGAGUACUGCAACUGCAUUCAAAUGUGCGUGGUGCCCCGAGCUACAAAGGUUAGUUACACAUUGAAUCACGGGCUCGCACUUCUUAUAUAACAAGACGCCUGCUCAGGCGUUCACACUGGCCUUAUAAUAGAGACCUUAAGAUUGACGUUUACGGCAAACGUCAAACCGCUAGCGAGGUUUUUGAUUUUACAACUCUAUUAUAAUAGCUUUUACACCAGUUUUGAAAUAUGUUAAACUUAUUAAACUUGUGCUCUUUAGCAAUGAUUUAAGAAAGCAAAUUAACCACUAGUCAUGCCAUUCACCAAAGCAGUAAAUCAACAUUUGGCGUUUGAAGUUGGCGUUUGGCGUAUAAAUUUCAUGCUUGAACUGCUACGAGGGCUUGUAGUCGUUAAAGCAUGAAAUUUAUACGCCAAACGUCAACUUCAAACGCCAAAUCUUAAUUUACUGCUUUGGUGAAUGGCAUGACUAGUGGUUAAUUUGCUUUCUUAAAUCAUUGCUAAAGAGCACAAGUUUAAUAAGUUUAACAUAUUUCAAAACUGGUGUAAAAGCUAUAAUAACAGAGUUGUAAAAUCAAAAACUUCGCUAGCGGUUUGACGUUUGCCGUAAACGUCAAUCUUAAGGUCUCUAUUAAAUAUAAUUUUAAAUGGUUAUACAGAUCCCGAGGGAACAUUAUAAUUGGACCUACACAUAACCAUGGUGGGCUGGGAAUAUGUGUCUAAUGAGAGGGGGUGGGCCGCAAAAAUUAAACUAUUGUUCUCGAGUUGGUCAUGAAAAUAAUAUAAAUCGACAAUUCCAAUUAAAAUCCACAUGAUGGUGAUGAUGGUGAGGGAUAUUAUAGUGCUGAUCGUGGCAAUGAUGAUGAUGAUGGUGAUGACGAUGGCGGUGGAUAUACAUUAGUGGUGACGUUACUGUGGUGACGAUGAUUUUGUUAUGUCUAGAUCUGUGGCCGUAAUGGUGGUGGAAGUAUAGUGUUCACAGUAGGGUUAAUGUUAUUCUCACACUACACUGAGGCGAAAGAAGAGUCAGAUAAUACCAUGUUGCCUCUGGAAUUGAAAGGUGUAAGGCACAUGUAUUAUAAUCAUUUUGACACCACUGCCACAUUUUAAUAAUAACUUACUGAAUAUCUGUUGAAACCUACAGCUACACAGUGAACUUAGAUAAGUACGAGGCCUAGCUUUCUUAACAUAACUGCAGGCGCUUCUCCCUCUAGGAAGACCAGUUUAGAACUGAUAGUAGUAUCCAGUAUAAGUAAAAUAAGAUUAGUUCACGUUUCCUUCGCUAGUAACGUUGUCUCAAUCUGAGAAGGCCUUUUUCUACAAUGGACAGUAUAAACGCAUGGAGCCAUUUGUGGUAGGAGUUGUAGUUAUAGUGGUGAUGAUGAGCUAUGAUGAUGGUCAUUAUAUUUUAGGGAUUGCAGUGGUGAUGAGGGUAAUGAGCUUGAUACUGGUGGCAGUUGUGAUGAUGCUAGUCAUGAAAAGCACAUGCACUUUACACCAUAACUAUAGUCUAACCUAAACUUGGUGAAAAUAUCCCUACAGGUACACCAAAUUACCCGGAUAUUGCAACCUACUGCAGAAAAGCCGAAUUGAAGAAAUACGACACCUUCCUUAUCCUCACCGCUAAGCGUUUCACCGAAAACGACCGGUUGUUGGCCAAAAAAGUAAAGUCACUUAACAAGUCAUUCUUUUUUAUACGCACACAUAUUGAUGCAAAUUACGACAGUGAAAGAUCAAAGAAAGCAUUUAAAGAGGAAACAAUGUUGAAUAACAUUAGAAAAGAUUGUUUGAAAAAUUUGAAAGGCUUGCUAGAUGGCGAUGAAGAUGUGUUCCUGAUUAGUAAUAAUCACCUGGCUAAAUGGGACUUCGCCCGUCUUACACAGGCCAUCCUUGAUGUGUUGCCAUUUCGUCAAAGGGAGUGCCUUACGCUGUCCUUAGAUUUGUUAACGAGCCGCUCCAAGGAUAUCUUGAAACGGAAAGUUGAAAUCCUUCGAGGUAAUUAUACUCAGUAAGUCAGUAACUGAAUUGCUGACGCGCCUUUUCUCGAUCAAGCGGUGAGACAGGUGCAAACGUUAACCAUAGAACACGAAGUGGUUUUUAGUUAGAGUUAGAACAAGAGACCACACAGAAUAUAAGGACGGUGCACGGAAAGAUUUAAAAAAUGUUUUUUACCUAUACUUUAACUCAUUUCAGGUCGAAUUUGGAUGGUGGCAGUCGCUUCCGCUGCUGGUGCCGCAAUUCCACUGCCUGGGUUGUCUAUUGCGCUAGAUUUAGUCCUUUUAAGAAACGAAGUGAAUGUCUACAAGUCUCAGCUAGGCAUACCCGAGAAAUACUCUUCCAGAGAAAUCCAAGGAAUGACAAACGCGAAAACAAUGGCAAAUCUUUUGGCAACAUUCUGUGCAGGUUCAUUCGUUGAAGAUUUUGCUCGGUUUAUUCCGUUUGUAGGAUUAAUUAUUGCUUCAAGUAUUUCAUUUUCCUCUACCCGUAAUUUCCUCAAUACAUGCUUGGAUGACAUGGAACGACAAGCGUUGGCGUUCCUGGAUGAAAUUAAUAAAAGAGCUGUGGACGAUUUGGACACACGCUUUUUCAGGGAUAUGUUGAAAGGAAAAAUUAAAGACCUUCGAGGUAGUUAUACAUGCAGUAUACUGAAUUUAUUGAUAGCGAAUCGCAGAGCCAUUAGUCUGCGCGCCUUAUAGGAAAAAAUAAUUUUAAAGAUGUGCUUUCCGUGCACCAUCCUUCCUUUCGGUAUGACCUCUUGGUCCUACCUAUACUAGCCUAUAUAUAUUAAAAAGAUAUUCAAUCACAAAAUUGUUUCUUGUUUUCGAUGCAAUUAAAAUGACUUCAUAUUCUCUAAUCUGCACUCAUCUCACCUCUUAAUACAGCUAUAUGCUUCAAUUCUUUUCAGGUCGAAUUUGGAAGUUCGCAGUCACUUCUGGUGUUGGUGCCGCAGUUCCUUUGCCCGGCUUGUCAUUUGUGGUAGAUCUCGCCUUUUUGACAAAAGAAGUAAAUUUCUACAAAUCUAAGCUCUACGUCGACGAAAACUCUUACGAGUUCAGGAAAAUGUCGCCAGAAAACCAAGAAAAAAUGCGCACGUUAUGUUUCACAAUAUCGGCGCAAGAUCCAAAUGUUUUAAGAUUUUGCGUUCUAAGUUCUAUAGUAGAAGAAUCUGCUCGAUACAUUCCGCUCCUAGGAAGCGUUAUUGCUGGAAGCAUUUCGUUUUCCUCCACCUAUUAUUUCCUCAACCAUUAUCUGAACGAAAUGGAAAGAGCAGCGAUGGAAUCCACGGAUACCAUGAGAACAACAGCAGUGGACAGCCAUUGAUUUUUUUCAGUUUGGCAAAGAACAUUUUACUUCCACCUUUGACCAAUGAGUCGAAUUCAAAACUCUAGCAGACUCUAUAGGCUCGCACUAUCGGCUCCUCUGCAAGCAACUUGGUGGCAAAAAAAUAGAAUAACGCAAUACUUUAUAUAAAAAAUAGGAAUAACGGGAUAUCAUGAUGAUAAUAGGGAGUUUACGCAUGUA